CAAUGCUGAAGCACAAAGCGUCCAAGCGCAUGAAAACUGACAUGUUCAAUUUAAAAUAAGCAUUUCAACUACUUGUCAUUAUUUUCGACAAAUCAAACAGAGCCCUUGCCAAAACAAGAAUCAUCAGCAAUGGUUACGGCAUUGGCAGCUGCUCUUCACAUCACUCUCACAAACCAAUCGAAGUCUCUCAAAGCAAAACCCCACAGCAGCAAAUGUUCUCAACUGGGUCUCUUUCUUUCUUCCCAAAAUCCCCUUUAAAACCCUCAAAACCCCAUAAACUCCUCAAACUCCAACCGUCCAUUUGCAAUCUAUAUGUCAAAAAUUCAAUGGAUGUGCCACCUACUGCUUCUGCAACAAAUGCUGGGUUCAAGAAUUUGAUGGAAAGUUUCACAGUGGAGGUCCAGAAGGCAGAUAACAGACCAUUGAAUGUACCUUUGAUUGCUUCAUUCACCAUAGCCUCUUCUAGGCUUGAUAAGGUGGAGAACGUGGUCAUCGGGAUCGAGUUAAAAAAUGGAUGUGUUGGUUGGGGUGAGGCUCCAAUUCUGCCUUUCGUUGCGGCAGAGGAUCAGCCUACUGCAAUGGCGAAAGCCAAGGAGGCCUGUGAGAUGCUCAUGACUUGUUCUUUCAUGACACUUGGGUCAGCACUAGGGGAGAUUGGUGAUGUUUUGCCUGGAAAUCAGUUUGCUUCUAUUCCUAUUGUUUCCCCAGCUGAAGCUGCUGCAUUAGCUUCAAAGUAUCAAAAACAAGGAUUCAAAACUUUGAAGGUUAAGGUGGGAAAGAACCUGAAAGCUGACAUUGAAGUCUUACAAGUGAAACGUGCGGCCCUGUCCUGAUUGUUCAUUCAUCUUGGAUGCUAAUGAGGGAUAUAGACCUGUGGAGGCUAUUGAAGUUCUUGAAAAAUUACAUGGUAGAGGAUGUAUAAGAGACACGAAAAAUGGGGGUGACUCCUGUUCUUUUUGAAUAGCCAGUUCAUAGGGAUGAUCAGAAAGGUCUUGGUCAUGUUAGUCUUUUUGCGAAAAACAAAUAUGGGGUAUCUGUUGCCGCAGAUGAAAGCUGUCGAAGUUUACCUGAUGUUAAGAAAAUAGUUCAAGGAGAACUUGCAGAUGUUAUUAACAUUAAGCUUGCCAAAGUUGGAUUCCUUGGUGCUCUUGAAAUUAUGUUGGUGGCUAGGGCAUCAGGACUGAAUCUCAUGAAUGGUGGUAUGGCGGAAACCAGGUUGGCCAUGGGCUUUGCUGGCCAUCUUGCAGCUGGCCUCAGAUGUUUCAAGUAAGUACCAUUAUCCUUGUUAAAGAAAUGACUACCAUAGCUCGCCCUUGUAUACAUAUUAGCUCUCACAAAUUUUUGUUGUAAUUGUUUUGAGUUUUAACUUGGAAAUAUGCUGUACGGAUUUGUUGAUUUGGUUACUUCCCUUCUCUUGUCUGAAGAUCCAGUUCUAGAAGGAUAUGAAGUUCUUGGAGCUGUUUGCAAGUUCGCAAACGUUAGAGGUCAUGGUGGUUUCCUUCUUUAGGAAAAUAUUGCUUGGUAAGCCCCUUGUUCACGAACUAAUUUGUUGUGAAAUGUGCCUGGAGAUCCAACAUGCUAUAACUUGUUGUUGAACAUUGUUCUAGAGGUCAUUGAUGGCUCAUCAUUUGUUGAUUGAAAGCAUAGAAAUAAGUGGCUAUUAACCAUUAAAGUGGAAGGUAGAUACACUCAACAUCAAGAAAUUAGCAACAAUAAAAAAGGAAAAUCAACAAUGCAUGGGCAGUUAAGCUUUGGUAUAGGUGAACCAUCUGUGCUAUUUAUAUAUAUAACAUGAUUAUAAUGGGUAUUUCUUGUAUGCAUGGAAAAUUAUAUUAGCUUUUUAGGAUCAUGAGCACAAGAGAAAUUAGUUUGGUUCUAUUACAUAACUACUGAGUUGGAUAUGGAACUUGUCUUUCAAGCAUAUGAACUGUAAGUCAAGAGACUGAUUGGUUGCAUUAGGAAGUUGACAAAGUUUAAAAAACUGUACUGAAUAAAAAUCAUCAUAUUUCUCUCUAGUAAAGCGAAAGCUUGCAGAACUUAUUGCAGGCAUUAACAGUUCUGGUUUGGUGAUACCUCUUCGGUUCCUGAGAUUUGGUUAUGGAUAGAUUUUGACUGGAAAUGACUAUUUAUUUAGUUAUGUUUAUACUCAUAACCAAUUAUAAUUCAGCAUUAUGUGGGGUCUAUAAGCAAAUUAUAUAGAGCCCACACUUUUAUGUGGUUGAACCUUACAUAAUUUUUAAUUGUAAUUGGUUAAUUAUAGUAUUGUAAUAAAGAGAAUUGUAGGUGAUAUGAAUCUUAUAAAUUUACUUCAAUUGAUGUUGCAUUGAUUAAUGUUAUUAAUGUAUGUUGGAAAUUUUGGAAUAGAAAGAUAAAAUAAAAAAUGUCUGAAACACGGUAAAACUGCCAUUAAGGAUAGUUUCGUCCUUCAGAGAACUUGGUGUAAAAGAUUUAAGCUGCUACCCUCCAGGAUACAACAAACCUUUUUUAAUAACUUGCACUAGCUAUUAAGAGUUGCAGGAACAAUAGUAACAAUAAAAUCCAGCAAUGGAAAAAUAGACGAAUAAAGAAUAGUGAGAAACGAGAAAGAAAAUGAAUUGCUUUUCGUUGUAGGCCAAGGUUAGAUUGUUGGUGAGCGAUAUUUGAGAGAAAAAUCUUUGCGAAUCCAGGAAAAAUAUUUUUCUAAGGUUAUACAAUCAGGUACUCAAUGGCUAUAAUAUUUGGCUAUAACGGCCAUAAAAUCAUGUUGUAACGGUCAAAAUCUCGUUACAAUGGCCAUAAAAUCUCGGUAGAUUCGGUAAAAGUUGUUAACCUAAAUAUUUGGUAAAAAAGCCAGUUCAAACUUUAACCAAUUAAACUUAGCUGUUGGAAUAUCCAACAAUU